AUGUCCCGAAAGUGACUUACAUCCCGAAAAAAGAUCUUAGUUCGUCAAGUUACGUAGGUAGAUAUACUCCUAGGACACAGGAUAUAGGCAACACGGACACAAAUAUUACAAGAACAAGAACAAGAACAAGAACAAGAACAAGAACAAGAACAAGAACAAGAACCAGAACAAGAACCAGAACAAGAACAAGAACAAGAACAAGAACAAGAACAAGAACAAGAAUAAGCACUUCAACAACGUAAUUCACAUCUAUUAUUCCGAUGAUGUACCUCCGCGAACCCGGAAAUGUGAAUUCGGAUUUGGUAAGUAG